UAAAUUUAAACAAGAAGAAGAAGAAGCCGCAGAAGAAGACCCUCGCGGCCGUUACUUUAAAUGGGUUUCCGGUGAUUCCGGUGAACUGCUUUGAUGUGUUCGCCCGAUUUAACCGACUCUGUGCGCGCGCGUAUAAGCGGAUUAAGCUAUCAGUUUCUGCUCUAUCUGUUCAGACGAACGUGCCCGUUUUACUGCGGCAGUGGUUUUAUGUUUCCGUCCCCCAGAGUUUAUAGUCUGAAACAGAAAGGUGGAAGAUGAGCAUCGACUGCGGCGUGUGGGACCACAUCUAUGUCUCCGACGACGAGGACAUCACCAGUCCGUUCGUGGACACGCCGAGCUUGUUCAGAAUGAGACACCGGGUCAGCAGGGACAGUUGUUCUAGCUGUGAAGUUUGGAGUCCCAGGACUGCUCUGGUUCUACAUAAUGAGCUCAAGUUGUUGAUGUUGUCACAUGACUGGGCCAGGCUGGAUAAGAUGGCCAAAUUUCUGCAGAGGGGUGAAGAUCUGGAUUGCAGCUUUGCGGAAUGCUGGAGACUGCUUCAGGAAGCCCGGCGACGACUCGGACACCUGGAAGAGCAGAUAAAGCGGGAAGAGGAAGAUGAGGAACCAGAUCCUGAGCUGAAGAAAGUCCAGGCUGAGAGUGUUCAACCUGAAAUUAAAAAAGAAACACAACAGAAGCACAAGACCUUUGUGGAGAAGUAUGCCAAGGAAAUGAAACACUUUGGUAUGCUGCGGCAUUGGGACGACAGCCAGAAGUAUCUGUCAGACAACCCACAUCUGGUGUGUGAGGAGAGUGCUAAUGACCUCGUCGUCCUCUGUAUUGACUUCGAGAUAGACGAGAAACAUGCCCUCAUGGAGCAGGUUGCACACACCAUCGUCAUGCAGUUCAUCUUGGAUUUAGCUCGGACUCUGAACGUCGACCCGAGAGGCUGCUUCAGACAGUUCUUCUCAAACGUCAAGGAAAUGCAGAGGAGUUUUGAUGAGAAAAACACCGAGAUGCUGCAGGAUGUGAUGAGCAAGCUGCACCCUGAGGUGAGCUGGCAUCUCUUUAAGAAAUAAUUAUUUUCAUUAACUAAACAGUUUCUCCCUGUAAUGUUUGACCUUGUUUAACAGGAGGGAAGGUACCACCUGCAGAGAUGCAUUGACUCAGGCUUGUGGGUGCCUGACUUACAGGAGGAAGAAGAUUUAGAAAAUGAAAACCGAACUCGGUCAUCGUUAAGUAGCUGUCUAUG